GCAGGCAGAGUGUGAUUAGCAGGGAGUGAGUGAGUGACUGCGCAUGCGCCGCGCCGCAGACCGUGAGCCCGGCUUGAAACGAGGAGGAAGCGCAGCUCUAUCGGCCUCUCUCUGCUUCUGUCGCUGACAGAGGACGAAUAACUGCCGUAUUCUCACACCGGCGGGACGGAGAACCGCGCAGAACCGUGUGUUGUUCGUGUGUUUUUGCAGUGAGUGUUUCAAUACAAAGCCUCCAUGGAGGCUGAUGGGAGGAGAGAGCAGCUGAAGACGAACCUCAAACACUAGGACGGUCUAACACGAGGACCAGAGCUCUCCCACUAUGGAUCUCAACCGACUGGUGACAUACUGGACUGUAUGUAUAUGCUUCUUGUUGGAAUGUCGCGCGGACAAACCCAGUCAAGUAAUACCAGACCCCUUACCGGACAACGGUGUCUCUGAGCUUUGCCGCAUCGAUGAGUUGCUAUGCCAGGACGAGAUCGCCAUUCUCAGUUUUGAGGCCAUCCGCAGCAUUCACAAGCAAAUGGACGAUGAUGCCAAUGGGAAUGUGGAUGUUUCUGAGACUGAUGGGUUUUUAAGAGAGGACCUCAAUUACCAUGACCCCAAAGCCAAGCACAACAGUUUCCACGGUGACGACCAGCUCAUCAGCGUGGAGGACCUGUGGAACGCCUGGAAGAGUUCGGAAGUGUACAACUGGACAGUGGAUCAGGUUGUGGACUGGAUUAUCAGCUACGUCGAGUUGCCACAAUAUGCGGAAGCCUUUCGGAAGUUGAAUUUCAAUGGUACCGCUAUGCCCCGAUUGGCAAUGAAGAAUGCCACUCUGACACAAACCGUCCUGAAGAUUUUGGACCGGAGUCACGUUCAGAAACUACAGCUUAAAGCUCUGGACACAGUUCUGUUCGGAGCCCCAAUGAUGAACAGACAUAACCAUCUGAAGGACUUCAUGCUGGUGGUGUCUAUAGUCAUCGGAAUGGGAGGUUGCUGGUUCGCUUUCAUCCAGAACCGGCACUCUAAAGACCACAUGAAGAAGAUGAUAAUAGACCUUGAGAGCCUCCAUCGGGCAGAGCAGAGCCUUCACGACCUACAGCAGAAGCUACAGAUUGCUCAGGAGGAGCACCGUUCAGUGGAGGUGGAGAAGGUGAACCUGGAGCAGAAGAUGAGGGACGAGAUCAACUCCGCCAAACAGGAGGCGCAGAGACUGAAGGAGCUCCGGGAGGGGACUGUGAACGAGCUGAGCCGACAGAAAUACGCAGAGGAGGAGCUGGACCAGGUGCGUAUGGCCCUGAAGAAAGCUGAGAAGGAGCUGGAGUCUCGCAGCAGCUGGUCUCCUCCUGGAGCGCUGCAGAAAUGGCUGCAGCUCACUCAUGAGGUGGAGGUGCAGUACUACAACAUCAAGAAACAGAACGCAGAAAGACAGCUGCAGGUGGCUAAAGACGGGGCAGAAAAGAUUAAGAAGAAGAGAAAUACUUUAUUCGGGACCUUCCAUGUUGCACACAGUUCUUCACUGGAUGAUGUCGAUCACAAAAUACUUGCGGCCAAGCAAGCUCUGGGUGAGGUAACCGCAGCUCUGAGAGAGAGGCUCCAUCGCUGGCAGCAGAUUGAGAUUUUAACAGGCUUCACGCUGGUCAAUAACCCAGGCCUGCCCUCUCUGGCCUCCGCCCUCAACUUGGACCCCAGCUUCAUGGGCGGCCGCAGCACACCCCAGCACUUCUUGUCCGACGACAUGGAUGACAUGGACGAGGACAUAGUGGCACCGGGAACACUGCAAUAUGCAGCGUUGCAAAUGGGCCGUCGAGCAAGUUAUCUCUGGCCCUUGAAUUCGGAUUGCCAGUCGUUUCGGAAGUACUCUGCUCCCAGUAUGAUGUCACUCCGGCAACGCCACACUGACCCGCAGCUGGCCCUGGGUUCUCAGAGGUUGGUAGAGAGUUGUCUUGCACUUUGUGGGCAGGAAGGGGAGGGUAGCUCAUACUUGUCCAGAUCUAGGACAGCGUUACGCCAGGCGCACAGCCAACCUUUCGGGCAGUUUGACUCUCUGGGACUGCCUCCACUUUCCUCAGCCGUGUCUCAUCCCUCUAUCUACUCCGCCGCCUCAUCCCACGGUCCCCACUCCUCUUCCGUCGCCAAUGCCCCUCAUGCAUCCCACUAUCACUCUUCAUAUUUCCAGCCCAUGGAUACCAUCCCAGAUCUCCCAUAUGAUGCCAGCCCAGAGCGCCCACACCGUUGCGCCAGCUAUGGGGACUUGAAUCGCUCCGACUCCGAUUCCUCUUUGUGUAUAUCCCAGACCGGCGAACAGCUACGCUUGUCCUACAGUGCCAAAAACUUCCCUGUGAAGCCCACUUCACUCAUCUAUGGCCCCCACUCACGCUCUGAAGAGGGAGCCCAAUCUCACAGCCACAAUGGAGGCAACAGAGUCCAUGAUGGGGGCGUAUCUCUCGACGGAGUUCCUGAUAGCCCCAUAUUAAUGAAGAAGGUGUAUGGCAUUGAGAAAUCUGCCAGUAUGAGUGAGAUCCUUAGCUCUCAGGCGGUGAUGUCCAUGUCAGAAUCCUCACGCUCCUUAAGCCCAAACUCCACUGAACCCGACACGCCGUCUCCCACUGGACUGAUGGAGGUGAAGGCUGGAAACCGCAUACCCCAGAUCUCCCAGAAAAAGAGCCCCCCAGAAGAGGACAGCGGGUCUACAGGUGAAGACACUGACACUGUUGCCAGUCGCAAGAAACACACCUUCAAGAUCUUCAAAAAACAGAAGAAAUAAGACAACUGGAAAGCCGUUUCAUUUUUCCAUUGCAUUUAUUUUUGUCAUAUUGUUGAUAUAAAUGUUUUGGUUUAUUUCCCCCACCUUCAGGUCAGAAGUUACGGCACAACCAAACACCUUUCCAAGGUCUUUAUUGUAAUGUUUGCUUUUUCAGAGGAACACUUAGGAACAAGCAUGAUUUUGGGGGUGGGGGUGAAACACCAAUGGAAACGGGGUGGACUAUUUUUUUUGUGGAACGUUACUAUUUAUUCAGCAGGAGAAAGUGCCAGACUUUCAAAGGAAUCUUCCCUCUAAUGGAAUUCUUUCCUCGUAUAAUCCAUAUCAGUUUGCAUGUCUUCGCCUUUGUUUGAUUGAACUUUGAAUGCUCCUAGAUGUUUGCUUGGUUCUUGUUCUCCUUUGCUUAAAAAUGAAAAAUAGCCUGAUUAUUUCAUUUCAAUAAGCACACUCCUUUGUCUUUCGAGUUGAAAUGAAUUGUCAGCUGAAUGUUUAACGGUACUUCUUUGGUCAGUGUUUGUCGACGGUCAGAGAAACUGUAAAAGGGCUGAACUAUCAGUGUGAAACUCCCCUCAAAUAUUUUGCACUAUUUCUAAAUGUUGAUCUGUCGGUUUUGUAAAGAGAAUUAAGAAUAUGCUGGAAAACGCACUAAAACGUUUACACAAAUCAAGACAUUGAACGUAUCUCCAAGGCUUCAGGGAUUUCUGGGACGUACAACAAUUAAGCGAUUCGAUUAUUUGAUCUUUGUGGAUCUUUCCAAAUCAUUUUGGCAAAUACAAGGUGGCUUAUGAAUAUGCACAUUAAUGCUUUUUGAGCUUUUCGAAUCAACCUUGCCCUUGUCCGCAGACUGUUUCUGGUGGCAUCAUCCAAGAUCUAAGCUCCCAAGAGAUCAAGUCAAGAGAUCUUGUUGUCUUGUAUUCAAAGUGCCAAACUAAAUCCGCCGUCCAGGAUAUGUAUACACUUCCCGAAGGUCAGAUUUCAGUUGCAAUAACUGUUUUUGGACAGUCUUGGUGCAUAUUAUCCAAAUUGUGGUGGGAUGGCGGGAGUUACUACUUCUGACAUGUAUGAGAGAGAGCUUGGAUAUGUUUUGUUCCUUUAAAUAGGUCAUAAAACUCCCCUGAAUCUUUGAUUUCGGGUGCUUUUAUAACAUUUUGAAGCAGGCUGGACCAAACGCAGUUGCUGUUAUAAUGCAGAGUGACUUGCCUUUAAACAGAGAGAUGUUCAGGCUGAUUUUACCACUGUGCAUUUUCAGAGGAAGUGGAGACCACUCUCUGUUCUUGUGGUUUACAUGAUGUUCACUUUAAGAUAUCCCAGAGCACUGAAAAUUACAAGCACACUUUCUGAAAAGAGAGGGGGGGAAAGAACAAAGAGACUUGGUGAGGGAUGUCACUAUGCAUUUUAUUCGUUUUUACCCACAGGCUUCGAAGGUCCAAUGUAUCCAUUAACCUGGAGGCAAACCAAAGCAGUGCUGCACGAAACUUCUUCGGCAUUUCUUUUGCGAAAGAUGGUGAUGGUGGUGACGCAUUCUAAUGUAUAUCAAUGGGGAUAUAAAAACCAUGCAGAUGUAUCCGUUUCAUCUGUGCCUCUUUUGCACGAAGAAGCUCUUUUGUCAGUGUGUAUGUCAGUGAGCGCGCGUCAGUCCGGUCCAGUAAACUGCACUUCACAUGUUGAUGCAUGUUCUCAACAUCAGUUCUCAAACAUGGAGAGGGAGGAGACAGGAGCUGUUUUAAACUUUGUUCCUAUUUAGAUAUCCCUGUUCACUUCUCCAUUUGAGCUAUUUAUGCCUAGACUGUACAGAGAGAGGUGAAACGAAGUAAAAAGGAUAAUUUUGCAUCUUCUGUAAUGUUCAAAACUGUAGUCUUCAAAUUUUAUGGCACUCCUGCAUGUAAGCAAUAAAAAGUUUUUAAAAUGA